AUGUUUUAAUUGUGUACAUGCAUUUACAAAUUUUCGAAAUUAAAAGUUUUUGCUAAUCAACUCACAAAAUCAAUAGAUAAUGCCUAAAAAAAUGUUGCAUUUGCUCAUUUUCUACCUAAAAAUUGGACUGAAAAGUAAGUAAAAGAAUACUUUGAUCCUCAGGAUAAAUUGAUAAAAAGAAGUAGAAAUAAAAAAAAAUAAUAGUUUAGCUGAUUAAAGAUUCCUUUGAUAAUCCCACUGGGAAAGCGAUUAUAGAAAUGGAAUCAGAAUAAAUUGCCCAAAAAUUCAUAAAAGAACAUCAUGAAAAUUACAUUGACACUAAAGAUGUUUUAUAAUAAAUAGUUGUUAAACCUUUUAGUUUGAAAAAAGAAAAAAAUAAAAUAGAUAUUAAAAGAAGCGAUAAAUAAGCUUAUAUUACAGGUUUGCCAAGAUCAAUGAAAAAUGAGGAUUUUCUAGAUUUACUAAUUGAUUUUGGUGAGAUAGAGAAAAUACAGAUUCCAAAAGAUCCAAAUUAGGAUUUCAAUAAGGGAUAUGCAUUUGUCUUAUUUAAAAAGGUUGAAGAUGCAUAAAAAUUUUAGACAUUUAUGAAUGGAAAAGAAUUUAUGGGAAAGAAAUUAGGGUAAAAAAAUAAUUUAUGAUUAGAGUUUAACUAAAGCUUUUCAGAUUUGAUAGCUAAAAACAGAAUUUUAAAAAAGAAAAGGUACAAGAUGGAGAUUUUCAAUAUGAAUAAAAUAAAGCUAAUUAUAGCAAUUUAUAAAAGUAAUUUGAAAUUGAUUGA